CCCUACUACAUACUACAUUAAUCCCCUUUUCAUUUUCUUAUCUUAGUACCACUACCUACCAUCCUAAACAAUCAUGACCAUCUCCACCGACAAGAAGAAGCCCGCCCUGGUCGUCGUGCCCGGUGCCUCCCAGAACCCAGCACACUAUGCCCACCUCCUGCACCUCCUCCAAUCCGCCGGCUACGGAGCCUUCACUGGUCUCCUUCCCAGCAUUGGCGCCCAGGGAGAGGUCACGGCCGCCGACGAUGCCGACUACGUGCGAAACCGACUGAUCCUCCCCCUCCUGGACGUCGGCAAUCAAGAUGUGAUCCUGAUCAGUCACUCGUACAGUGGAAUGCCUGCUAGCGCGGCGGCACGCGGACUGGGACCCGCCGACCGUGCCGCUCAGGGCAAGUCCACUUCCGUGCUCGGUCAGAUCUUCAUCGCGACGAUCCUGCCUCGUGGUGGUGAUGGUCUGAGUGUGAUUGACUCUUUUGGUGGAAAUUUGCCGCCGCAUAUGUAUAUGGAUAAAGAGCAAAACCUCCUCAAAUGCGACGAGCCCAAGCCCCCUCUCUUCUACGAUGUUGAACCCACCCUUGCCGAUGCCGCUACCCAGACUUCCCUGAGUCAGGGCUUGACUUCCUUCUCAAGUCCCUGUCCUGAGGCCAGCUGGAACACUGAAGCCUUUAAAGAUAGAAUUGCCUACAUCCACACCACUGAGGAUCGGGCGGUGCCCUACCCGGCCCAGACGGCUAUGGUUCAGGCUACCGGUGCUAAGUGGAUUACCCGGGAGCUUGCUACGGGUCAUAGUGCGCAGUUGUCUGCUCCGGAGGAGUUGAAGAAGACUAUUUUGGAGUUGGUGAAACAGUGGGAAUAGAUAGAUUGAAAAGAAAUUGGGUGUGUAUUUAGCUACUUAUUUACAAUGUUGGUUUGGAAUGUAACACAAUUCGGAAG